AAAAAGAAGUAGCAGAAGAAGAAGAAGGUUCAGUAUGUAACAACAUAAGGAGCCACCUUCACCCAGACCGGUGAUGCCUUUCUGUAGAGGUUUAAAGUUGUAGGUCAUAAACAUUUAACGUUCGUCCAUUAAUAUACCUUAUUGAUGUGGAUUUGUGGGUCCUGAUGACCAACGUGCAAUAUCGCUCAAAACAGGCAUGUACUGAGUGUGCCAGAGAUGAGUUGCACUUUCCACCUCCUGGUUUCCCGCAGCGGCUUCUAUCAUGGCCGUGUUCUGCUUGUCUUGUCUCGACAGCCCCUGGCGCUCAGAGCACUCAGCUCCAUGCACAAGAUCAGCUGCAGCCUGCGAGAGAGCUACAGGCUCCUGCAACUGACUGACGAGGGACACAGCAGUCCUGGUCAAGUGAAAGAGGCCUACUUGCGACUAGCCAAGCUCUACCACCCGGACUCUGGCGCUCCGACUGCAGAUGCAAUGCUUUUUUCUCGGGUUGAGGAGGCCUACCGUGCUGUUCUGGUACACCAGAGCAAGAACAAGCAACCCGAUGGAGGGAAGGAAAUGGAAGAUGAGGAUAAGCCCAGAGGUAAAGCACUUCCACACAGACAGUACCUCAGCUACGAGGGUGCGGGUUCAGGCACACCCAGCCAGCGUGAGCGUCAGUAUCAACAGAAUCGCGUUGACCGGGCAUCCGAGCAGGUUUUGGACUACCGGCAGAGGGAGCACGAGAGGGCAGCCGCUGCAGAGGGGGCGCUGGUGGAACGGGACAUUCGUCAGCGCAGCCGAAAGAUCAAGAUCACCCAGAGUGUGGAACGGCUUGUGGAGGACCUUAUUCAGGAGUCCAUGGCGCGAGGAGACUUCAGGAACCUCAGUGGAGCUGGAAAGCCCCUCAAUAAGUUUGAGUACAAUCCAUUCGCCGAUCCUAUGACCCACAACCUCAACCGCAUCCUCAUAGACAAUGGUUACCAGCCACCCUGGGUCAUCAUACAACGCGACAUCCGAGAGACCACUGCUCAGAUCCGAAAUAGGUUAUUGGAGGGGAGAGCCAGGCUCGGUGACCCCAUGACCCCCAUAGAGCAGAGCCAAUGGGAGCAGCUGUGUGCAUCCGUAGAGGAGGAGUUGGUGAAACUUAACAAGACGGUGGACUACAACAACCUCAUCGUACCGAUGCUCGGCAUGCAAAUGGUUCACUUUAGUUUGUCACGAGAGAUGGACCGCGCCGUGAAAGGAGCCGAACAACACAGACUGGACCAGCAGAGAGCGAGAGAGAAGGAGGGAGAGGAGAGAGAGAAGGAGAGAGAGAGGAGCAAGGAAGAGAACAAAAGAGCCAACGCAGUAACUAAGCCUAAAAACACCAAACAAGGCCUGAUUUCUUGGAUGAAGAAUUUGCUCAGAUUAAAACACUAAAACUCUGAUUUUAACUGAACAGAAACAUUAUUUGAGACCAGUUGUUUAUUUAUUUAUUAGUUUUCAUUAAAACCAACUAUUACAGUCCAUGGGGUAAAUGCGGGAUUGUCUUCAGGUGCUCGUGAAGAAGCAGCAAGGAGCAGUCGUGGUUGCGUGACUGUAAAAUGUGAGAAACUGCACGUGUUGAUAACAGACUACAACAUGAGGCAAACGUAUAAAACAUGUUGUUUCUAUGAAAUUACUCAUCUGAAAAUACAAACCCAACACUGUAUGUUUUGGUUGCUAUGUGACAUUA